AUUUUCAUCCGAUCGCCCCCGAGGAACUUCCCCGCCUCCCCGUUGCUUCCUUGCAGAAUUAAUCCAGAUCCGUCAGACUGACGAACCAAAAAAAGGCUUCGCGCACGCGUACGCACGCACGCUACAGACCGAAACCAUUUUCCGAAUUCCGGUUCCCCUCACGCGAUCUCCCUCUCCCAUCCUCGUCUCCACUCCUGUCACUACCCCCGGGAUCGGGGCCGGAUCCGGCUCGCCGCCUCCCCCGCCAGCGCGCGCUCCGCGGCGAUGAGCUGCUGGAACUGCCGCUGCUAGCCGCGCGCGUCCGAUCGGGGCCGAUGAACAUCGUCAAGGGCGUCGCCGAUCUCCUCCGCAAGUCCACGCCCUCCUCGCCGGCCGCCGCUAGCGCCAGCGGCGGCGUCGCAGGCGGAGGCGGCGCGGGCGGGGGUGCGGGCGGGGCCGGCUCCCCCUCCGCCGACAAGCUCGCCGCCGCGCCGUCCCCCAGAGUCCGCUUCAGUGACAUCGGUGAGGAAGGGGUCUUAAACACGCUUUGGCAGAAGUACGAGAAUGCCAUCGACAAGGGCGGAGGCUGGGCUGAUGCCAUCUCCCAUCGUUAGCCGGCAGCCUAAGCUGGAGCACAUCGCCAGGGCGAUGAUGCCGCGUAGGUUCUACGUGCAGCUAGCACGGACGACCUCCACAUGCUGGUCAUGCCGCCAUGGUUCCACCACGCGCUGCGGGAGUGGAUCAAGAUCCCACUGCCAUGCAGUGUGCCCUUGUCUGACUGCCGGCUUCUGCAACGAGUGGGUACGGGUCUCCUACUAUGGUGGUCACGUGGUCUUCAGCAGGAACUGGCUGCAGACGGUUUACAAGUACGAUAUACAUCAUGGCGACGCAUGGAGUUCAAACUCCAGGCCUUCGUCAUGAAGAUGAUCAUCUACAAAGCCAACUCCUCCACCGUCAAGCUCUCGACCUGCCCCGAUCACAGCUAGGCGGCGUCCAUCCUUUAUUUCCAUGCCUGUUAAUGAUGUCCUUAGUUAGUUUUAGUGGUGAACUUUUGAUGUUUAGACAAUGACUGUGGCUUGGAUCAAGGAGUUCUACUGGCUUCUAUACCAUUGGAACGUUCUUGCUUUUGGU